AUGAAGCUCAUCUACCUCGCGGCUCUCCUCCAACUCCCCGCCCAACUUCUGGCGGCACCAGCAGUCCCAGCCCUAACUGAUCUCGAAACCGAUUUCGAAACCGAUUUCGAGCAGCAGGACUAUGUUCUCCGCAUCACCGAGGUCUUCGAGCAACCAAACGGUGAAUUCAGGACAUUGCCGCAAAUACCGCCAGCGCUGUGA